UCCUGUCAAUACAUUACGUCACAAUAUAUUCUUAAAAGGGAAAAACUAAUUGAUUUAUAAAAUAUUGUUUAAUCAUACAGCAAUACUUGGAGAGAAAAUCAUAAUAAUAUCUCUAGAAAUUCAAAUAAUGAAAAUAUUGUUUAUAUCGUUUAUUUGUACAGCGUUGUUGUCUACAGUAGAAGCUGCCGGCGUCUGCAAUGAGACAUGUACAUCUUCAUGGGGAAGCAUUUAUGUACAUUACUGUAAAAAGGGACAGGAGUGUUGCGGUAAAAAAUGUAUGCCAUAUGGGGCAGACUGUUGCAGCGGUUCAGAAUAUUGUGACAACGCAAGUACAUGUUGUGCUGGAGAUGUGUGUUGUUCUCCUGAAAAAGUCUGCAAAAAUGGUGCUUGUGUUAUUAAAGAACAGAACGAACAAACUUACAAACACACAAAUGUGAACAUCAGCUGGUGGUAUAUUCUACUCAUCAUAGCGGUGUGUGUGGCGUUUCCUGUCGCUGUUUUCAUAUGGAAGCGAAGACGUGCACGAAUCAGAGCUAAUACUCAGCCUAGCAGAAUUGUUAUGGUACAUAGUAAUCCAGUCCAUACACCGGUGCAAUCCACAACUGUUUUCGGACGUACAAACGGACAGCCACAAAACAUUGCUUUUAUUGUAACAAAGUGAAUAUAACAAGAGAGUGGCAAUGCUUUUCUCAUGUUUAAACAUCUUGUGAACACUGCAACUAAAGUCAAUGUCCUUCCUAAUAAAACUGUGUGAUCAGACAACAUGCUAAACAUAGGAUAAUAAUCUUAUAUUAAUGGUUGAAAUUAACACACAACUCUAACGCAUUUUACAUGAUAAAUAAUUAAAGACACUGAAAUCAUAACAUCAGAUGUAACAAAGUAAAUAUUAGUAAAACGAAAAUAGAGAUCUGCUUUUAUAGCCUUUUUUAGGUUUGGACCUCAAAGUUUGAUUUUUCAAUAAAUUGUAAAUAUGCCAGGUUUUUAUACUCAAACCAUCGAUGUUUAGGUCAUAACCACUAAGUCAUGACAUCCCUAUCUUUUGUUUUUAUAAAAUAUGCGUUAUUUACAGUGGUGAAGAAAUUAUAGAAACAUUAAUACCUUCAUAAACGCCUA